UUUGUUUUCCGUUUUGUUCGCGUGUUCCGUGGCCAGCGACUGUGAUUUGAGGAUAACUGUUUUAGAAGCGUCUUUGCGUUCGGGUGCUAGGGAUGGCUAGCUCACCUUCGUACAAUCCGUUGCCGACCACAGAAGCACUCGAAUGGCCAGCGGGCCUGCGACCUAGCGGUUUGAAAUAUUUGCAGCGGAUGUCCGUGUUACUCCUUGCCCUGUCGACGGUCAACCUUGGUCUACAGGUGUACGUCAUAGUGCCCGGCGUGUCGUCGUCAGGAGGCCACGGUGCAUCGCUGAAAAUUCCCUCUCAGGCCCUGUGGGCUUCCGCCGUGGCGUUCUCCACGUCUUUGUACAUAGUGGCGUUAUCAUCGUUCUGUUGUCGAGGUGGAAAGAGGAGCACUAAACUGCAUUUAAUGCUCUCUGGCAUCGCCCUGUUUUUAACGUUUGUGGUCUUGGUCGGUGGUGUGGUUAUCAGUAGCGCUACGACGAGAAAUCUUCAAACCGCCAAGAGCGCUUCCAGUCAUGCCUGCGUCUACUACGACAAGACGGGGAUCACGGGCAAGAGUUGGGUCCAUCUGCCUUUUGGAUGUUCAGCCUGUACUCCAGUGUAUUCAUGGUCGGCACGUGAGCCGAACAUGUGCUGCUGCUGCUAUGGGAGCUCCCACGGCGGUCGAGAUAUCAUGCCAUUCUAUGGGGUCGACAAUUGUCAUGACAUCUUCGAGUACGUACUUCCCGUGUCCAUGGGAUCAGCGGUAAUUCACGGCAUCUCCACGGUGCUUUCGCUCGUCAUGUUCGUAACGGCGUGUGUGGUUGGCUGUUCGUGCACUGGCUGCUCCACACUGUGCGGAC